CGGGACCUUAAAAGACACCAGUUCGCGCCACAAUUCCAAGCUCGCCAAGAACUGAGAAUCAACCAUGUGGGGAGACAGCGGAUUCGGCGGCGGCGGCUACCAGCAGGGUGGAAUGAAUUAUACAAACUACGACAGCAACGCUGGCUUCACUUCGCCUCAAGUAGGAGGGUCUCAGGAGCAAAGAGGAUUGAGAAGCCGGUCAAUGAUGUCGGUUACCGUUCACCAGCUGAUGAAUGCCGAGCAGCAAGACGAUGCCUUCCUCAUCAACGGACGAGACGUACACCAGAUCACAUUCGUGGGUCGAAUCAUGACCGUCCAGGAAUCAUCAACAAACAUUUUAUAUAAAAUAUACGACAACACGGCUGAUCCGUGUGAAGUCAGAAAAUGGAUCGACAGCGAUGAUUCCACAGCCGACAUCGACAAACGAUCAGAGUGCAGGGAAGGUGUGGUCGUGCGUGUGUAUGGCCAUUUGAGGGUAUUCCAGGGACAGAAGAGUGUUGUGGCGUUCGCCGUCAGUCCGGUGACUGAUUUCAACGAGAUUACUUUUCAUAUUCUCGACAUUGUGCACACACACUUGGCACUCACGAAGGCAACCAACAUCCCUAAUAGUGAUUUUGCUGCAGUGGAAACGGUUGGGUUUGGGAAUGAUGUUAGGGGCUUCGGACAGGGUGUAACACCUGGAAUGAGUCGCGUGCAGAAUGAGGUGUAUCAGUGUAUCAUUGCGUGUGGUGAUGAGGCGGGCAUCCACAUUAAAGACCUGCUCACACAGUGCAGACAGAAACGCGUGGGAGAUGCGGAAGUCAGACAAGCAGUAGAGUUCCUAUCAAACGAAGGUCACGUCUAUUCAACAAUCGACGACGAUCACUUCCGAGCAACCGACGUUUGAUGUGGCGGCAAAACUACGAAAGCUUUUAGAACGUUAUAAUGUCGCAAAGUUUCAUCUCACAUAACAACGAUUAGCUUGCAUCAUUAGUAUGACUAUGUAGUAAUUCGAUGUGUGGUCACGUGACUGAUCACGUGAUUUAUUAAAUGUGCUUGAAAUCGUUUUUCAUCA